AUGGAGUUUGAGGAGUGCGGAGAGGGGUAUACUGGCAAGCUCGAUCUGAAAUCAGCAUUUCUUGGAAAGUUACCUGGAGACGGGCCAUUGCUUGAGGAGCUAGGGAUAGAUUUCAGUACAAUAAAGAAGGAGAGCCGCCUGAUAUUUGGGGUCUUCCAGAAGAAACAUGUUGACUUCUCGUUCGUUAAGAAUGCAGACCUUUCUGGGCCGAUUGUGUUUAUCGGAUUGUACACCCUUGGGCUUAUUCUGAAUUACAAGAUCCAUUUUGGGUACGUAUAUUUUAUUUCUCUGUUGACAGCCCUGUCUAUGUACUUUUUACUGAAUGUCUUGGACACAAAGCAUAUAGGAUUUCUGGAAUGCUGCAGUGUUCUUGGGUACUCAUUUCUUCCUGUAGUCUUUUUUUCCUUCAUAAAUAUCCUCAUGGGGAGAAUUGGAGUUGGGUUCAAGGUAUUCUAUGGCCUUGUAUUUGCAUUGUGGUCAAGCUACACAGCAUCUGUGGUGUUCUGUAGAUACCUUUCGCUUAGUAACAAGCAUGUGGUUGUUGGAUACCCACUAUUGCUUGGAUAUGCAGGCUUUGUAAUGGUUGUUCUUUUUUGA